AUUUCAAAUUCAUAAUGGGAAGCCUUAAAAGCAAGAAUAAUGUAGAAACUAUCGAUACUGGAGGAAGGCUCAGCAGGGCAACUUUCUUUCUACAUUACCCUAUAGGAAUCAAUAGGUUUGGUAUUGUAUGGAAAGCCGAACAUCGAACCUCUCAUGAUAUCUAUGCGUUAAAACAGCUGAAAUAAAUCGGAAAUUAUUAACCAGAGAUGUCUCUCCUCUGUCCUUGAAGAGAAAUAAAAACUUAUCCCAGCUUAGGAAUUACUUUAUUGCGAAUAUUCAUUAUGCAUUCCAGGAUUCUGAGUAUUUGUACCUUGCCGUGGAGCUCGUGCAGGGAGCUGAUUUAGGAUAUCACAUGCGGAAGAAGAAAUUCAAAGAGGAGCAAGCAAAGUUUAUCAUGGCCUCUAUCAUCAUGGGUCUCGAAUACUUACAUAAUAACAAUAUUAUUCACAGAAAUCUUACGCCAAGUAAUGUAUUGUUUGAUAAAAAGGGUUAUGUCAAAAUUUCAGAUUUCUUGCUCUCGAGGCAGUGGGAGGAGCAUAAUGCCUCUGAAACCUCUGGAAUUCCUGGCUAUAUGGCUCCUGAGAUAAUGUCUCGUCAAAAUUAUGGAUAUUCUUCUGAUUACUUCUCUCUUGGUGUCAUCGGUUAUCAAUUGAUGCUCAGGAAAAUGCCUUACCAAGGGUUGACUAGGAAAGAAAUUAUUAACCAAAUUAAGAGAAAGCAAAUACAACUUAAGAAGCAUGAAAUUCCAGAAGGAUGGUCUCUCGAAUCAGCAGAUUUUGUGAACAAAUGCCUACAACGAAAACCAAACUGUAGGUUAGGCCUGAACGGGCCUAUGGAGCUGAAGCAGCAUGUUUGGCUCAGAGAUUUUGACUGGCAAGGGCUACUUGAGAAAGAAAUUCCUGCAAAUUUUAUUCCAAAGACUAACUUAUUGAAAAAGCCUCACAAGAGGAUUAAUAUUAAGAACAUAAAUUGCAGGAUAGAGUAUCCUAAAUAACGAAGGGGAGCGAACCCUCAAAGUAGAGGUAGAUAAAUAACGGAGUAGUGCUUCGCAAGAUCGACCAGGGCACUGGCAAAAAUCAGCUUGUCAAUGGUGUCAUGGACAACGGAAAUUGGAGCAAGACUCUUACCGAGGAUAGGGUCAAGAAGUACCUCCAGAGACCAGAAAUCCAGAAAUUAUUCGAGAAUUACAAUUACGAUUAUGAUAAAGAGAAGCAUAAGUAUCAACACUUUGAAGAGAAUUCUGAACAGUCUUGGUACCUCGACUCGCAAGGUAAUAUCAAAGAGAAAAAGAAAGGUGAAGAAAAAGACGAAGAAGCAGAAGGUGACGAAGAGAAAUCAUCAGUAGAAGAGUACAUCGACGAUGAUGAUAAACAACCCCAAGAAGACGACGAGGCUCAUGAGAUCAAUACUGGCACUAAUGCUCAGGAAGAGGAGAAGGACAUGAUCUCUGAAGUUGAUAAGUUGCUAUAA